UAUUAGCCAUAUUCACAUUUCAAAAUCUCACUAAUAAGAACACUACUUUUCCAAUGGCACAUCAAAUUAAUAUUUCAUCCUUCAAAAUUGAAAACAAAGAUGUUGAAUAUGUGAAACCAUCGAAACCUACUCCUUCCACUACACUUUCUCUAUCCACAAUUGAUAAUAGGCCUGAAUUCCUUCCCCUAAGUCAAGUCAUUCGUGUAUACCAAUCACAAAACAACAACCCCACAAAGAAAAAUUAUUAUUCCAAAAAUGACCCUGCCAUUGUGAUAAAAGAAGCACUAUCAAAGGCUUUGGUUUAUUACUACCCUCUUGCUGGCAAGCUAGUGAAGCAUCAUAGCAACAAUGGGAAGGUAACAAUCAAUUGCAAUGAAGAUGGUGUUCCAUUUGUAGAAGCAAUUGCAAAUUGUGACCUUUCUUCACUCAAUUAUCUUGAUUUGAGUGACAUUGGAAUUGCCAAAAAUUUUGUGUAUGAUCCACCUUUGCAUCAAGAUGAAAAUGGUAACCAACUAAUAUACCCUAUGAUGGUGAAGGUGACUAAAUUUCAAUGUGGAGGGUUCACAUUAGGGUUAGGGGAACCACACACCAUUGCUGAUGGGGCUGGUUCCAUCAAGAUCUUUCAAGCCAUAGCCGAAUUCGCGACCGGAAAAAGCGAGCCUUCGGUGAAGCCUGUGUGGGAAAGGGAGAGGCUAAAUGGGUCAAUAACCAAAACUCCAUUGCUAAGUCCCAUGGAUGGAGCUUCGGCCGCCGGUUCGCCAUAUCUACCUUCCAAAACCCUAGUUCAUGAAUGUUUUAAGGUGGAUGGUGAGAGCAUAAAGAGACUCAAAUUGAAUUUGGCAAAGGAAAUUGUUGAUAACAAUGUUCCAGUUGCAAAUGAAGAAUUAAGCUUUACAAAUUUUGAGUCCCUUGCUGCUUAUGUUUGGAGGGCAAGAACUAGGGCAUUGAAAUUGAACUAUGAUGGUAAAACUAUGCUGAAAUUUGCGGUAGGUAUAAGAAGGCACAUAGAUCCUCCUUUGCCUGAAGGGUAUUAUGGUAAUACUAUUGUGGAUGCAGAUGUUGUGCUGCCGGUCAAAGAAGUCAACGAAAGACCACUCUCACAGGUGGUGAAGGUUAUUAGAGAGUUGAAGAAGGUUGCUUUCACAAAAGAAUUCAUUAAGAAGUCAAUUGAUACAUUGGAGACAAGAGUUGAGGAGUUUGAUUUUGAUGGGAAUGGUUCAUGCAUGGCUUUGGCUGAGUGGAAGCAUUUGGGAUUCUUGAGAAACAUGGAUUUUGGGUGGAAGGAGCCUGUGAAUGUGAUACCUGCCCCAUGUAACAUGUUUGGGGGAGUGAGUAUUUGCAUCUUCUUUCCUCCUUGUGACAUGGAUACUUCAAUGAGUGGAGGUGUUAAGAUCUAUGUCUCACUCCCCAUUGAUGUCAUGCCCAAGUUUAGAGAGGAGAUGAAAGCACUUACAAUUACUAUUAGUUAAGGCGCUUA